AUGAUGUACAAUGAUCCCAUGGGGAAUCCGCAGCAGCACCCUGGUGGUGUGACUGCGCCGCCGAUGCCCCCUCCCCCUAUGGGACCGGGGCAUCAAACGGCUCCGUCUCCGGUGAUGCCACCGCAGCAUCACCAUCAGCAACCAAUGAAUCCACCGUUUCCGCAUCCUCAGCGGAGACAUUCAUCAGGCAUGCCAGGACAAUUUGCUCCUCACGGAAUGCCGCCACAGUCACCUGCGGGAGGAAGACAACCGAGCUUUGGAAACAUGCCAGGGGGGCAUCAACCAUACGGCUCGCACCCUCCCAUGCAGUCACCAGCCACGCAACAACAGCCAGGACACAUGCAAGGGAUGCACCCGAACUUGGGGCGACGGCAGUCCAACUCCAUGCCUGGGUCUCAUUCACACCAGCAGAUGGGAAUGCCAAUGCCUGGGCCUCAGCAUGAUAGUAUGCGCCCGCCCUCGAAUAGUCACCAGCAGCAGUUUCGACAGAAUGUCAACCCCAUGAACAGUAACAUGGGGUCGCACAAUUCUAUGGGAAAUCCGAACAACUCUGGAUCUAUGAACAGCAGUGGAUGGCAGAGCGAAAAGGACACACCGCACCGACGAGAAAUGAUUCAGCACAUUGUUAAGUUGCUGAAGAAGGAUAAGAAUGGGUCGCCGGAGUCGCUUAACAAACUGCCUCAAAUGGCCAAGCAAUUGGAGGUUUCUCUCUAUCGCAAUGCUAGGUCCUUUGAAGCUUACAUGGAUCCAAAUACGUUGAAGGCACGGCUGCAGCAGAUAGCGGUAGAGGUGUCUAGAAAGGCUCCUGGCCGAAUGAGAUCUUCGCAAAGUGGUGAUAACAGGGACGACAGGCAUUGGACGGAACGGCAACAGCAACAGCAGAAUCAAUUCUCAAACGGAAGACGGCCGCAAGAUAAUAAUCAGUUGCAACGUGGCUCUUCCAGUUCGUCGCCGUACAUGGGGAAUUCGGGUUCGACUCAUCAGCAGAUGCAGCGAGGUGGUGUCGUUAACAUGGACGACAUUAAUCCGAUAGCGGGCAGCGGUGGUGGCACCAGGGGGCACUCGAGCUCUUCGAACAAUUAUUCAAGCUCGAGACAGGGGUCCUCGGACCAGAACAGAGGAGGAGGAUCUUCGUCGGGGUCAGUGCCUCAUAAUCGCAAUGACCCAGAAUGGAAGAUCCGCAUUCGACACAAGCAACAGCGGCUCUUGCUGUUGCACCACUCUGCCAAAUGCCCUCACGACGAUGGACGUUGUACCGUCACUCCUCACUGCGCGGAUAUGAAACGGUUGUGGAGACACAUGGAAGGAUGCAAGGACAACAACUGCCGUGUUUCACAUUGUUUCUCUUCUCGAGCUAUCCUCAGCCACUACCGCAAGUGUAAAGACCCCAAUUGUCCUGCCUGUGGUCCAGUUCGCGACACAGUGAAGAAAUCCUCGCAGAAUCGUACCCCUUCGCAGGGAUCCAGCCGGUCGAACAGAGGUCCCAGUUCGCAGCCGAUGAUGGGCAACAACCUGAUGAAUCUGGGCGGCAACUCCAUUGGCGGCAACGCGAUGAGCACUGCUAUGAAUGGUCCAAUUGGAGGCAGCUCCAUGGGCGGUGGAAACUCGAUGGGCAUUGGUGGAGGACCACCAUUGGGAAACUCGAUGACCACCAACCAGAUGGGCGGCAACUCCUUGAGUCAGAUGAACAACCCGAUUGGCGGAAACAUGGGCAACAUGGGUGGAUCGCUUCAAAGAGGAAUGUCCGGACCGCAGCCUGGGCAAAACUCUGGAAUGAUGCAAGGCAACGACAACUUGAACCCGACCCAUCCUGGAGGCAAUUUUAACUCUGGAAGUUCCUCCUUGAAUAACUACCAGCAACAAAGCAGCCGCAGCAACAUGCCUCCACCGGGAUCCAACUCUGGGGGCAUGCCUUUCAACCCCAGUUCCAAUUCGCAGUCAGGCCAACGGUACAGGUCAGGCAGCAACGCCGGGAAUCCGGCGGCCGCUGUUCAGCCGUUGUUCCAGUCGGACAGACCCAGUGCAAGCUCUCGUGGCGGAUCUUCUUCUUCUCGUACGGAAAGUAACAACCCUAUGAACGACAGCACCAUGAACCCUGCCUCGCUCUCGUCAACUGGCGGUGGCUCGGGAAGUGGUGCUGGCAGUGGAGGUGGAGGAUCCAGUGGCGGUUCCUCGAGAAAGAACGAUUCCGAAUGGCAGAAGGUUCGACACAAGCAGCAGAGGUUACUGCUUCUGCGGCAUGCGUCCAGGUGCCAGUACGAAGCGGGCAAGUGCCCUGUAACGCCACACUGUGCGAGUAUGAAGGAUCUCUGGAAGCAUAUUGCUCACUGCAAGGAUCAGCAAUGUUCUGUGCAGCACUGCAUGAGUAGCAGAUACGUUCUCAGUCACUAUCGUCGGUGCAAGGAUGCAAAGUGUCCCGCCUGUGGUCCCGUGAGGGAGACCAUCCGCAAGAGCCACGAGAAGGAAAAGAACCGUCAACCGAACGCCUCCUUUGACAUUGAUGUUAGUAGCCACAGCAAGAGCCAACGCACUGCCAACAUGCCUUCAAGCAGCAGCGCCAAGAAGGAGCAGGUUCCGCCCCAACCCACCAGUUCAGGCCCCAACGCAGCAACAAGCGCACCCAUGUCCUCCCCACCCCAGUCGUACGAACCAGAGCCGAAGAGGGGCAAGACGGCUCGUACCUCGGACCGGGAAAUGGCGAGCACCAACGCCGCAGCACCGUUGGCACCACAAUCAAACGACCCUGUUUCCAGUGCGCCGAACGUGCCGUCGUCGUCUUCUGCUCCUAAGGAACCCGCACCGGCCCGGCCCACACCGAAGCCUCAGAAGCCGAUUUCGUUACCUCCUGUGAAGAAGGAGACUCCUGCACCCAAAGUGAAAGCUGAGGCGCCCGCUUCUGCUCCCAAGCCGGCUCCUGCAAAGAACAUAGACCGGUCGCUGCUCAAGAGCUUCACGACACAAGAGCUCGAGGUCCACUUGGCUUCCCUGAAUCGGCAGACGCAGCUGCCUCCGUCGAAACUCAAGGCAAAGUGUCUUGAAGUGUUAAAGGGGCUCCAGACGCACCAACAUGGCUGGGUUUUCAAUGUGCCGGUCGAUCCUGUGGAACUGGGUCUCCCGGAUUACUUCGAUAUCAUCAAAAAGCCCAUGGAUCUUGGUACUAUUCACAAGAAGCUCGACGCCGGGAACUAUCACGACAUUGAUAAUUUCCAAGCCGACACCAACCUAACGUUUGACAAUGCUAUGACAUACAACGAGGAAGGCUCUGUCGUGUACGAUAUGGCGAAGGAGCUGAAGGCGCAGUUUGAGAUCGACUUCAAGAAGCUCAUGUCUGUACUUGAGGCGGAAGACAAGGAGCGUCGUCAGAAUGAGCGCGCCUGUACUCUUUGCGGUUGCGAAAAGCUAUUGUUCGAACCACCGGUUUUCUUCUGUAACGGAAUGAACUGUCAAAGCACACGAAUCCGCAGGAACAGCCAUUUUUAUGUCGGUGGCAACAACCAGUAUUUCUGGUGUAAUCAAUGCUUCAAUGAGCUCGACGAGAAGAUUCCAAUCGAGUUGGUUGACAUGACCAUUACGAAAGGUGAUCUGAAGAAAAAGAAGAACGACGAAGUCCACGAGGAAAGUUGGGUUCAAUGCGACUGCUGUGAACGUUGGGUGCAUCAAAUUUGCGGCCUUUUCAACACCAGGCAAAACAAAGAGCACCACAGCGAGUACUUUUGCCCACAGUGUUUGUUGGACAAACACAAAGCAGGCAAAGCGACAGCACAGCCCAGGCCAAUGGGUGCUGCGGACCUGCCCAGAACCAUCCUCUCGGAAUGGCUGGAGCAACAUAUCACGAAGCGCGUCGAUCAAAGGAAACGCGAGCUUGCAGAGGAUAAAUCAAACACAGAGAAUAUCCCGCUUGUGGACGCUCUGAAGUACAUUGAAUCCGGCGGACCAAUCACCAUUCGACAAGUCACGGCUAUGGAUCGAAAGCUGGAGGUCAGGGAGCUAAUGAAGAAACGUUAUGCUCACAAGAAGUACCCGGAUGAGUUUCCUUUCCGAUGCAAGUGCAUUGUCGUUUUCCAGCACCUUGAUGGGGUCGAUGUUGUGCUCUUCGCAUUGCGCAGGGGAUUUGCGACGGCACACAUUUGGGCGUGCCCUCCACUGAAGGGUGAUGACUACAUUUUCUACGCGAAACCCGAGGACCAAAAGACUCCCCGGGAUUCGAGGUUGAGACAAUGGUAUAUUGAUAUGCUGGUCGACUGUCAAAAGCGUGAUAUUGUCGGGAAAGUCACCAAUAUGUACGAUCUUUAUUUCGCCAAUGAAGCCUUGGAUGCCACUGCUGUCCCCUAUCUAGAGGGAGACUACUUCCCUGGAGAGGCCGAAAACAUUAUCAAGAUGAUCGAAGAGGGUGGCGGAAAGAAAAGUGGAUCUGGUGGAAAGAAGAGCAAGAAGAAAUCCACAUCAAAACAGAGGAGCGGAACUCGAUCGACGGGCGUCGACGAGGAAGCCCUCCUUGCCAGCGGCAUGCUGGAUGCGAAGAACUUGUCGGAACUUGACCGGGAUCAAGUCAUGGUGAAGCUGGGCGAAACCAUUCAACCUAUGAAGGAAAGUUUCAUUGUUGCUUUCUUGAACUGGUCGGGGGCGAAGCCGGAAGACAUGGAAGUACCGGAUGACAUUGCCAAGUUCCGAAAGGAGAAUGCUGGCAUGCAGGAACCCAAGCUCUCUGGAAGCAAGCGAGAUUCUGUUGGUGAACAAGUGAAGGACAAGGCAAUCGACAAGAGCGGAAACCCAGUAAAAGUGAUUGAUGACGAUGGCGAAGAUUUGGAUUCACAACAGGAUGAUGGCAAAAGCGGUGGCAGCAACCUUACCGAGGAACAGCGACAGCAGCGACAGAAAAAUCUAAUGCUUCAUAUUCAGUUGAUCGAACACGCCUCUCGGUGCAAGAACCAGCAGUGCUCUUCCAGCAACUGUGCCAAGAUGAAGAAUUAUUUGCAGCAUGCUCGUUUAUGCAAAAUCAAAGUUCAAGGUGGCUGCAAGAUCUGUAAGAGGAUUUGGACGCUCUUGCGUAUUCACGCACAAAAAUGCAAGGAAUCUGUUUGUCCGAUCCCACAAUGUAUGGCAAUCCGCGAGAAAAUGCGUCAACUACAGAGGCAGCAACAAGCUAUGGACGACCGUCGUCGUCUUGAGAUGAACAGACACAGGAUGUCCUCACUCCAUGCAUGA